AUGCAGAUGGUCCACAAGCCACAGCAACAGUUUCUGUAUAGGCAGGAUGCACAGGAGAGCCGGAUAAUGCUGCGCCAAAUAAUGUACAAAUUAGAAAUUAUUUUCCCUACAGGGAUACAGUGGGAGAGGUCAACACUUCACGAUGCUGGAUGUAAUUUUGAAAGGAAAGAAUGCUACGGAGGGUAUAACCCCAAAGGCGGGUUCAUUUAUAGCAUUUUGAGCCUAGAGGCGAUGCGAUUUGGGGUGGACUAUGAUAGGCAUCUUACAGAUUCGAAAUUAUUCUCCCCAUUGACGCAGAAUGGAUGUCUUCUGUGCAAUGAAUAA